CUGUGCUUCUUCCAACUUUCAUUCCACUUUGGGAAAAAAGAAUAUCAUCAUGUCAAGCAUUACGAUUGACCCAGAUGUCAAGCCUGGUGAAUAUGUCAUCAAGAGCCUCUUUGCAGAAUUUGCUGUUCAAGCUGAAAAGAAAAUUGAAGUUGUAAUGGCUGAACCCUUGGAGAAGCCAUUGUCUAGAUCUCUUCAAAGAGGUGAAGAUCUUCAGUUUGACCAGUUGAUAAGCUCUAUGAGCUCCGUAGCAGAGCACUGUCUCCCUUCCUUACUUCGCACCUUGUUUGACUGGUACAGACGCCAGAAUGGAACUGAAGACGAAUCUUAUGAGUACAGGCCUCGAUCUAGCACAAAGUCUAAGGGGGAUGAACAGCAACGUGAAAGAGAUUAUCUUCUUGAGAGGAGAGACUUAGCUGUAGAUUUCAUUUUUUGUUUAGUUUUAGUUGAAGUUCUAAAGCAGAUUCCUGUUCAUCCUGUGCCCGAUCCCUUAGUUCAUGAAGUUCUAAACUUAGCUUUUAAGCACUUUAAACAUAAGGAAGGAUAUUCAGGAACCAACACUGGGAAUGUGCAUAUUAUUGCAGAUUUAUAUGCAGAGGUGAUAGGGGUUCUUGCCCAAUCAAAAUUUCAGGCUGUGAGGAAGAAGUUUGUGACAGAAUUGAAAGAACUGCGGCAAAAGGAACAAAGUCCCCAUGUGGUACAAAGCAUCAUCAGCUUAAUAAUGGGAAUGAAGUUUUUUCGAGUAAAAAUGUAUCCUGUAGAAGAUUUUGAAGCAUCAUUUCAGUUCAUGCAGGAAUGUGCUCAGUAUUUCUUAGAAGUAAAAGAUAAAGAUAUAAAGCAUGCACUUGCUGGUUUAUUUGUGGAGAUUCUUAUCCCUGUAGCUGCUGCUGUUAAAAAUGAAGUGAAUGUUCCCUGUUUGAAAAAUUUUGUGGAGAUGCUUUAUCAGACUACUUUUGAACUGAGCUCCAGGAAGAAGCAUUCAUUGGCUCUUUAUCCACUAAUUACCUGCCUUUUAUGUGUCAGUCAGAAACAGUUUUUUUUAAAUAACUGGCAUAUUUUCCUACAGAACUGUUUGUCACAUUUAAAGAAUAAAGAUCCUAAAAUGUCUCGAGUUGCACUGGAAUCUUUGUAUAGAUUGUUGUGGGUUUAUGUAAUUAGAAUAAAAUGUGAAAGCAACACUGUAACUCAGAGUCGUCUUAUGAGCAUAGUGUCAGCACUUUUUCCGAAAGGUUCACGUAGUGUGGUUCCUCGUGAUACACCUCUCAAUAUAUUUGUGAAGAUUAUCCAGUUCAUUGCUCAGGAACGUUUGGAUUUUGCAAUGAAAGAAAUAAUAUUUGAUCUUCUCAGUGUUGGAAAAUCUACUAAAACUUUCACCAUUAAUCCAGAGAGAAUGAACAUAGGCCUGAGAGUCUUCCUUGUAAUAGCAGACAGUUUGCAGCAGAAGGACGGAGAGCCACCGAUGCCAACAACAGGGGUCAUCCUUCCCUCAGGAAACACUCUCCGUGUAAAGAAAAUUUUUCUCAAUAAAACGUUGACGGACGAGGAAGCAAAAGUCAUAGGAAUGUCAGUGUACUAUCCUCAAGUGAGAAAAGCAUUAGAUAGCAUUCUCAGACAUUUGGACAAAGAAGUUGGGAGACCAAUGUGUAUGACUAGCGUGCAGAUGUCCAAUAAGGAGCCUGAAGAUAUGAUUACAGGGGAAAGAAAACCCAAAAUUGAUUUGUUUAGGACUUGUGUUGCUGCUAUUCCAAGGCUGAUUCCUGAUGGUAUGAGCAGAACUGACCUCAUUGAAUUGUUAGCAAGGCUCACAAUUCAUAUGGAUGAAGAACUACGUGCUCUGGCUUUCAAUACCCUGCAGGCACUAAUGCUUGAUUUUCCAGAUUGGCGGGAGGAUGUUCUUUCAGGAUUUGUUUAUUUUAUUGUUCGUGAAGUGACUGAUGUCCAUCCCACGCUUCUUGAUAAUGCUGUAAAGAUGUUGGUACAAUUAAUAAAUCAGUGGAAACAGGCAACCCAAAUGCACAACAAAAACCAGGACUCCCAGCAUGGUGUGGCUAAUGGAGCUUCUCAUCCCCCUCCUCUGGAAAGGAGCCCGUAUUCCAACGUAUUCCAUGUGGUCGAAGGGUUUGCACUUGUCAUUCUCUGUAGCAGUCGACCUGCGACUAGGAGAUUAGCUGUCAGUGUCCUUAGAGAAAUACGGGCUUUGUUUGCACUUUUGGAAAUACCUAAGGGUGAUGAUGAAUUAGCCAUAGAUGUGAUGGACAGGCUGAGCCCAUCCAUUCUUGAGAGCUUCAUACACCUCACUGGAGCUGAUCAGACUACUUUGCUGUAUUGCCCUAGCUCGAUAGAUUUACAGACAUUAGCAGAAUGGAACUCUUCUCCUAUCAGCCACCAGUUUGAUGUGAUCAGCCCAUCACACAUAUGGGUAUUUGCACAUGUGACCCAAGGCCAAGACCCAUGGAUUAUAAGUCUCUCCAGUUUUUUAAAGCAAGAAAACCUUCCCAAACACUGCUGUACAGCUGUGAGCUAUGCUUGGAUGUUUGCAUACACAAGACUUCAGUUAUUGUCCCCACAGGUUGAUAUAAACAGCCCCAUCAAUGCUAAGAAAGUGAACACUACCACAAGCAGUGACUCCUACGUCGGCCUGUGGAGAAACUAUCUGCUCCUUUGCUGCAGUGCGGCGACAUCCACGACCUCUUCAACAUCUGCAGGUUCUGUGAGGUGUUCUCCUCCCGAGACGCUGGCGUCUACCCCUGAUAGUGGCUAUAGCAUUGAUUCCAAAAUUAUCGGCAUCCCAUCCCCUUCAUCCUUGUUUAAGCACAUAGUUCCAAUGAUGCGCUCUGAGAGCAUAGAGAUCACAGAAUCCCUUGUUCUAGGUCUUGGCAGGACCAACCCAGGAGCUUUUAGGGAACUAAUAGAGGAAUUGCAUCCCAUAAUUAAAGAAGCACUCGAAAGAAGGCCAGAGAAUAUGAAGCGUCGCAGGCGUCGAGAUAUUUUGCGAGUACAACUGGUACGAAUAUUUGAACUGCUGGCAGAUGCGGGUGUCAUUAGUCACAGUGCAAGUGGUGGCCUUGAUAAUGAAACACAUUUUCUCAACAACACUUUAUUGGAAUAUGUAGAUUUAACUCGACAACUCCUGGAAGCAGAAAAUGAGAAAGACUCUGACACACUGAAGGAUAUACGAUGCCAUUUUAGUGCCUUAGUGGCGAAUAUCAUUCAGAAUGUUCCAGUGCACCAGAGAAGAAGUAUCUUCCCUCAACAGAGCCUUCGUCACAGUCUGUUUAUGCUGUUCAGUCACUGGGCAGGCCCUUUCAGCAUCAUGUUUACACCCUUGGACAGAUACAGUGACAGAAAUAUGCAAAUUAACAGACAUCAGUACUGUGCCCUAAAGGCUAUGUCUGCUGUACUAUGUUGUGGCCCUGUUGCAGAUAAUGUAGGACUUUCAUCAGAUGGCUAUUUGUACAAAUGGUUGGAUAACAUUUUGGACUCUCUGGACAAAAAGGUUCAUCAGUUGGGCUGUGAAGCAGUUACAUUACUGCUGGAGCUGAACCCGGAUCAGAGCAACCUGAUGUACUGGGCUGUGGACCGAUGUUACACUGGUUCCAAGAGAGUGGCAGCUGGCUGCUUUAAAGCCAUAGCUAAUGUAUUCCAGAACAGGGAUUAUCAGUGUGAUACAGUGAUGCUCCUGAAUCUGAUCCUGUUUAAAGCAGCUGAUUCUUCUCGAAGCAUCUAUGAGGUUGCUAUGCAACUUUUACAGAUCCUGGAACCGAAGAUGUUUCGCUAUGCUCACAAAUUGGAAGUUCAGAGAACAGAUGGAGUACUUAGCCAGCUGUCUCCUCUGCCGCACCUGUAUUCUGUUUCGUAUUAUCAGUUAUCCGAGGAGUUAGCAAGGGCUUAUCCUGAGCUAACUCUCGCCAUGUUCUCAGAGAUAAGCCAGAGAAUUCAGACGGCUCACCCUGCCGGGAGGCAAGUAAUGCUACACUACCUGUUACCGUGGAUGAACAACAUCGAGUUGGUAGAUUUAAAACCUUUGCCCACAGCGAGGCGACACAAUGAAGAGGAAGACGACUCCUUAAAAGACCGAGAACUUAUGGUGACUAGCAGGCGCUGGUUGCGAGGAGAAGGCUGGGGGUCCCCACAAGCCACUGCGAUGGUUUUGAACAACCUAAUGUACAUGACAGCAAAGUAUGGUGAUGAGCUGGCCUGGUCGGAGGUGGAGAACGUGUGGACCACACUUGCAGAUGGCUGGCCAAAAAACCUGAAAAUAAUUUUGCACUUUCUGAUCAGCAUUUGCGGAGUGAAUAGUGAACCAAGCCUCUUGCCUUACGUGAAGAAAGUUAUUGUCUAUUUAGGUAGAGACAAAACGAUGCAGUUGCUGGAGGAGCUGGUGCGGGAACUGCAGCUGACAGACCCCGUCAGCUCGGGGGUCACUCACAUGGAUAACCCCCCGUAUUACCGCAUCACUUCCAGCUGCAAAAUCCCUUCUGUCACCUCAGGAACUACUUCCAGUAGCAAUACAAUGGUAGCUCCCAUAGAUGGCAAUCCCGAUAAUAAGCCCAUAAAAGAGAAUAUUGAAGAGAGCUAUGUGCACCUAGACAUCUACAGUGGACUAAACAGUCACUUAAAUCGUCAACAUCACAGACUAGAAUCUCGAUACAGUAGCAGCUCUGGAGGAUCUUAUGAAGAAGAAAAAAGUGAUUCAAUGCCACUUUAUUCUAAUUGGCGACUGAAAGUGAUGGAGCAUAAUCAAGGAGAGCCACUACCCUUCCCACCAGCUGGAGGCUGCUGGUCACCACUGGUGGAUUACUUGCCUGAAACGUCAUCACCUGGAUUACCUCUUCACAGGUGUAACAUAGCUGUGAUCCUUUUGACGGAUCUGAUCAUUGACCACAGUGUGAAGGUGGAAUGGGGAAGCUACCUCCAUCUUCUUCUUCAUGCAAUUUUUAUAGGGUCUGACCACUGCCACCCCGAGGUGUACGAGCACUGUAAGCGCCUGCUCCUGCACCUGCUAAUAGUCACGGGACCCAGCAGUAACAUCCGCGCUGUUGCCUCUGUCCUGCUCAGGAACAGGGAGUUUAACGAGCCCAGGGCGCUCACGGUCAAACAGACCGCGCACUUAGAUUACACUUGCACAGCGGGCGUUAGUGAUUUUAUACCUGAUUACCAGCCCUCCCCUAUGACUGACUCAGGGCUUAGCUCAAGUUCUACCUCUUCUAGUAUCAGCUUAGGAAAUAACAGCGCUGCCAUUUCCCAUCUACACACCACUCUCCUCAAUGAGGUCGACAUCUCCGUAGAGCAGGAUGGAAAAGUCAAAACCCUCAUGGAAUUCAUUACCUCAAGAAAAAGAGGGCCCCUUUGGAACCAUGAGGAUGUUUCUGCCAAGAAUCCUAACAUCAAGAGUGCUGAGCAGUUAACUACAUUUUUGAAACAUGUGGUUUCUGUUUUUAAGCAGUCAAGCUCAGAAGGAAUGCAUUUGGAACAUCAUCUUAGUGAAGUUGCUCUACAAACAGCACUUUCUUGUUCUUCUCGACACUAUGCUGGGAGAUCCUUCCAGAUUUUCAGGGCCCUAAAGCAGCCUCUUUCUGCAACUACACUUUCUGAUGUUCUCUCCAGACUUGUAGAAACUGUAGGGGAUCCGGGAGAAGAUGCACAGGGGUUUGUGAUCGAACUCCUGCUCACAUUGGAGUCUGCGAUUGACACUUUGGCCGAAACCAUGAAGCAUUACGAUCUUCUUUCUGCCCUUUCUCAAACCUCAUACCGUGAUCCUCUAAUGGGAAACAAGUAUGCAGCUAACAGGAAAAGCACUGGACAACUCAAUCUAAGCACAAGUCCCAUUAACAGCAGCAGUUAUUUGGGAUAUAACAGUAAUGCAAGAAGUAACUCUUUGAGAUUAAGUUUAAUUGGUGACCGAAGAGGUGACCGGCGGAGGAGUAACACACUGGACAUAAUGGAUGGACGGAUAAACCAUAGCAAUAGUUUAGCAAGGACUAGAAGCCUUUCCUCCCUGCGAGAGAAAGGCAUGUAUGACGUGCAGUCCCCUACUGAGCCUGCCAACUUGAUGGCCACCAUUUUUUGGAUAGCAGCAUCGCUAUUAGAAUCGGAUUACGAAUAUGAAUACCUCCUGGCUCUCAGGCUUCUCAACAAACUGCUUAUCCAUUUGCCUUUGGAUAAAUCAGAGAGUCGAGAGAAGAUUGAAAAUGUACAAAGCAAAUUGAAAUGGAGUAACUUCCCAGGCCUUCAGCAGCUCUUCCUUAAGGGUUUUACCUCAGUAUCUACACAAGAGAUGACCGUGCACCUCCUCAGUAAACUCAUCGCCGUCUCCAAGCACACGUUGGUGGAUCCUUCCCAGUUGUCAGGCUUUCCUCUUAACAUCCUUUGCUUAUUGCCUCACUUAAUCCAGCAUUUUGACAGCCCAACUCAGUUUUGCAAAGAAACAGCUAGUCGAAUAGCAAAGGUGUGUGCAGAAGAGAAAUGCCCAGCGCUGGUCAAUCUGGCUCACAUGAUGAGUUUGUAUAGUACACACACAUAUUCCAGAGACUGUUCUAACUGGAUCAACGUAGUAUGUAGAUAUCUGCAUGAUUCCUUCUCAGAUACUACAUUUAAUCUUGUGACUUAUCUUGCAGAGCUGUUAGAGAAAGGAUUGUCCAGCAUGCAGCAGUCAUUACUACAGAUCAUCUAUAGUCUUUUGAGCCAUAUUGACCUCUCUGCUGCCCCGGUCAAGCAGUUUAAUCUGGAGAUCAUAAAGAUUAUUGGUAAAUAUGUACAGAGUCCUUACUGGAAGGAAGCCCUUAACAUAUUAAAACUAGUGGUCUCUCGCUCUGCAAGUCUCGUUGUGCCCAACGAUAUCCCCAAGACCUAUGGAGGAGAUCUAGGUUCUCCUGAAAUAUCCUUCACCAAGAUUUUUAAUAGUGUCUCCAAGGAGUUGCCUGGGAAGACCUUAGAUUUUCAUUUUGAUAUAUCUGAGACACCAAUCAUUGGAAAUAAGUAUGGCGAUCAGCAUAGUGCAGCUGGAAGAAAUGGGAAACCCAAAGUUAUUGCAGUUACUAGGAGUACUUCUUCUACUUCUUCUGGUUCUAAUUCUAAUGCCUUGGUUCCUGUUAGCUGGAAAAGGCCACAGUUAUCACAGCGAAGAACAAGAGAAAAGCUAAUGAAUGUGCUUUCUCUCUGUGGUCCAGAAUCUGGCCUUCCAAAGAAUCCAUCCGUUGUAUUUUCUUCUAAUGAGGAUUUGGAAGUUGGUGACCAACAGACCAGCCUAAUUUCUGCAACAGAAGACAUGAUUCAAGAGGAAGAAGUGGCCGUGGAAGACAACAGCAGUGAACAACAAUUUGGCGUUUUUAAGGAUUUUGACUUUUUAGAUGUUGAAUUGGAAGAUGCAGAGGGUGAAAGUAUGGACAAUUUCAACUGGGGAGUCCGCAGGCGCUCACUGGACAGUAUUGACAAAGGGGACACUCCCUCCCUCCAAGAGUACCAGUGCUCCAGCAGCACCCCCAGCCUGAACCUGACCAACCAAGAAGACACGGACGAGUCCUCGGAAGAGGAAGCAGCUCUCACAGCAAGCCAGAUACUGUCCCGCACACAGAUGUUAAACAGUGAUUCUACUGCAGACGAAACACUGCCAGACCAUCCCGAUCUACUUGUUCAGUCUCAAGAUUCCACUGGCAGCGUCUCAACAGAAGAAGUGCUUCAAAUCAGAGAUGAGACCCCAAGUUUGGAGGCUUCUCUAGAUAAUGCUAACAGCCAGCUGCCUGAGGAUACAGGUUCAGUGUUAAAGGAGGAACAAGUUCUGACAAGCUUUGAAGAUGAAGGGUCAUAUAUAAUUCAAGAACAGCAGGAUUCUCUCGUGUGUCGAGGGAUUCUCAACUUGGAAGACACAGACAUGCCAGAGCCCCUGGCUCCUGAGAGCUACCCUGAGUCCAUCUGUGAAGAAGAUGUCACCUUGGCUUUGAAAGAACUAGACGAAAGAUGUGAAGAAGAAGAAGCAGAUUUCUCUGGACUGUCUAGUCAAGAUGAAAAAGAGCAAGAUGGCUUUCCAGAAGUCCAGACCUCCCCUCUGCCAUCACCAUUUCUUUCUGCCAUAAUAGCUGCCUUUCAGCCGGUUGCAUAUGACGACGACGAAGAAGCCUGGCACCGCCACGUCAGCCAGAUGCUGUCUGACACCGACGGGUCCUGUGCAGUGUUUACUUUUCACGUGUUUUCCAGGCUGUUUCAGACAAUUCAGAGAAAGUUUGGAGACAUAACUAAUGAGGCAGUCAGCUUUCUUGGUGAGAGUCUGCAACGCAUUGGUACCAAAUUUAAAAGUUCACUGGAAGUGAUGAUGAUGUGUUCAGAAUGCCCAACAGUCUUUGUGGAUGCUGAAACACUGACGUCAUGCGGUUUGCUGCAAACACUCAAGUUCAGUGUUUUGGAGUUGCAAGAGCAUCUGGAUACCUACAAUGCCAAAAGAGAAGCAGCUGAGCAGUGGUUAGACAACUGUAAGAGGACAUUUGGUGCCAAAGAAGACGUGUAUAGGAUAAACACAGAUGCACAGCAAAUGGAAAUUCUAGCAGGCCUGGAGCUCUGUCGAAGGCUGUACAAACUACAUUUUCAGUUGCUGCUUCUGUUCCAAGCCUACUGUAAAUUGAUCAACCAAGUAAACACAAUAAAAAAUGAAGCAGAGGUCAUCAACAUGUCCGAGGAACUUGCCCAACUGGAAAAUAUCCUCAAAGAAGCAGAGUCUGCUUCAGAAAAUGAAGAAAUUGACAUUUCCAAAGCUGCACAAACUACCAUAGAAACUGCCAUUCAUUCUUUAAUUGAAACUCUGAGAAAUAAGGAGUUUAUUUCAGCUGUGGCACAAGUCAAAGCCUUCAGAUCUCUCUGGCCAAACGAUAUCUUUGGCAGUUGUGAGGAUGACCCUGUGCAGACGCUGUUGCACAUCUACUUCCAUCACCAGACGCUGGGCCAGACGGGGAGCUUCGCGGUCAUAGGCUCUGACCUGGACAUGUCAGAGGCCAACCACAAACUGAUGGAGCUCAAUCUAGAAAUAAGGGAGUCCCUACGCAUGGUGCAGUCAUACCAGCUCUUAGCACAGGCCAACCCAGUCGGAACUUUGGUGAGCACCGGAUUCUGAGAAGCUUCCAGGCGUUUAGGGAAGACACUAAACUGAAGAUGAUGCAGAAUAUUCAUGAGCACCUUUUACGAACCCUCGCAGUU